AUGUCUUCGCGAAGAAGACAGUCCGUUGCCUCUGUUACUCCUUCCCUCUCUGCCGCCGGUGCUGGAACCCCUACCGAAUCCGUCAGGUCUGGACGCAGUACAAGAAAUCGCGUGACCGUGCACGGUAAGGACGUGGACAUGGCCAGCGACGGUGACGCUGAAACUUCUUCGCUUGAAGAACAACCCACCAGAACCUUGAGAAAGCGCAAUUCUACCGCUGCUCUCAUACAAUCCACUUCCAGGUCCACACCUUCGAAGCAGUCCGAUACAUCGUCCCGUCGUCAUUCCACCCGUAUCGAUACCGUCGCUGCCGCAAAAAAGGACCAGGCUCCCAUCACCCCCCAACCAACACGUGGGUCUCAAACCCGCCGCUAUAUGGAAGCUGCCGAAAAAGCAAGGAGCGCUGCCGCUAAACUCCCAACUCAAAAGAUGAACAAUGGAAAGCAACAAACCCCGGCUUCCACCAGGAAAGGCCGGGAUGACUUUGAGCUUUCGGAUUCCGAGGAAUCCAAUGGCGACCCAAUGGAUAUAUCAGACAACGAGAAAGCGUCUUCCCGCGGAUCAGACCGCCAGAUCAUCGUCCCUGCGAUCAAACGUAAGAAGUGGGCCACCCAUGGGAUGUAUACGGGACAGGAGACCCAGAUUGUUGGCAAGAGCACGUUGAAGUCAAAGAGGGGACAGAGCGCUGUGCGGAAAGAAUCAUUGCCGCUACCAAUGUAUAAGGGCCUGACGACUAUGGAGUCUGACCGUGACUUCGUCCUCCCCUAUACUAUAUUUAACCUCGACCCUUGGGUCUAUCCUAAGCCUCCUGGGUGGAAGAGCCUCAAGAGGAACAUCUUCGUUGGGGAAGCUGCCGAGCUAUAUAAACAACAGAAGAAUAGCCGUAAAAAUGCCUAUCAAAGCACCAUGUGCAAUUGUACACCUGAGUCAGGUGGCUGCGGACCCGGUUGUCUUAAUCGGGUUAUGUACUACGAAUGUGACAAGAACAACUGCAGCCUCAAGGAUUGCCAGAACAGACCAUUCAGAGAUCUCGCCAUUCGUGUUGAGAACGAUACUUGGUUCGACGAUGGAAUUGAAAUCAUUUUGACUCAAGAUAAAGGCUAUGGUCUUCGUGCCUGCCGCUCUUUCGGCCCCAACCAAAUCAUUGUCGAGUACAUCGGAGAGAUCAUCACCCAAGAUGAGUGCGAGGAGCGCCUUCACGGGCCUUAUAAGGACAAUGAGAGCUACUAUCUUAUGGAGUUCGACAAUUCCUUGAUCAUCGAUGCUACUCGGGGUUCAUUGGCCAGAUUCGUCAACCACAGCUGCUCUCCCAACUGCAAGAUGGAGAAGUGGAUGGUUGCUGGUCAGCCUCGUAUGGCCUUGUUUGCUGGUGACGAAGGUAUUGAAGUUGGCGAAGAAUUGACUUACGACUAUAACUUCAGCUGGUUCUCCGGUGGAAGCACCCAACUCUGUAGGUGCGGAACCGAGCAGUGCAGAGGUUUGGUCGGUAAACGCAAUGAACGCCGUAUUUCGACACCAAUUCCAGAACCGGCUCCCAAGCCUGUCAAACGAACCAGGACCGUUAAAGCCCCACCAAAGCCCGCGAAACGCGAAAUCCGCAAAAAAGUCGUCAAGGCAUCAAACGCUCGAGUUGUCAAGACGAAGAAAGGACCUGCUGGAAAAGCUUCAGCCGCAGGACCAAAAGGACGCAAGACUGCCCCCAAGAAGGUUGCGGUUAAGCCCAAACCUGCUGCGAGGAUUCUUGCGAAGAAAGCUGUUGCGAAGAAAGCCGCGACAAAGAAGGUUGCAGCUAAGCGAGUCGCUAGGAAGGCCGCUGGCGUCAAAGCCAAGGUUGUCAGAGCUACCAAGACCACGAAAACUACCACCACCAAGGCGGCUAAGGGCAAAGCCAAAGCCACAACCGUUAAGAAAACUACAAAGACGACAACGAAGACCGUUCGAGCAGCGAAAUCUGGAAAGGGUGCCGGAAAGGGAUCUAAGCCUAGAAAGGUCCGCGCUUCUUUGGCUACAGAUGGCGAGCAGCCUCAGGACGUCUUGCCGGAAGGUGUUGAGGGCGUACCUGUCGAUGGUGAACACAAGGAAGGAGACGAAGAAACACCAGACGUACUCAAGAAGCCAAAGGAGAAGACACACCGUGUUACAAAACCAAAACCACCACCAAAGCCAAAGCCGGCUCCUGAACAACAAGUUGUUAAACGUCUCAAAUGGGUCGAUGGUCAGCUCCGUGCUGUUGAGAUGCGUUUGACACAAGCUCCUCCGGUUCAGAAGUCUCCAGCUACCACUCUCGGAAGAAGAAGGCUGGAUAAAAAACCAGGUGACGGCCAGCUAGACGAUAGCAUUCUUGGGGUACAAUUGGGCCAAAAGAUGCAGCUCAAGAAGAUCCAAGGCCGAGGACUCUCGCCUGGAUCGGCUGCUAUCGACCCUGCGCUUGUUGGGGGUACAGUUGGCGAUGGAGACGAAUAUGUCAUUCCGGACUCUCAAUCCCCUGAGCCGGAAGUUCCAGAAAUGGAUGAGUACGACUCCGAGGAAGACGAUUAUGCCAACGACCUUAACUUCGUUAAAUGGCCAUCUGCAGUUGCUCGCGCGUAUGGUAUCUCGGAUAAUGCUCUGGGGCUGACGACCUACCGCAAGAUCACCGGUUAUUAUACCAAGAUCACCGAAUUCGAUCAAGGACCGCUUCCAGAUGAGCCUUCUUCAAAGUACACUUAUGUCAAAGUUCCCCGAACCAUCCGAGUUCAGCAGCAAUCGCAGUGGGAAUCCGACCCUGAGCAGGAAAUUGAGAAGGCAACUACCGGGCCACCUCAGUACGUUCGCAUUGGCCAGUCCUAUGUCUUGUACACCAAGGAAGUAGCACUGGGAAAGCUUGGGAAGGCGCGAACAUUGUACAUGAGACAGCACGGUCGCUACAAGCCAUGGAAGGCAGAUGGACCGCUACCGCGAAAGACCUUGAAGGAGAAGUUGAAGCUUAAGCAGAAGAGGUUGCCGAAGCCACCACCAAGAGACGGCUCUAUGAGUCGUGGUCAUCAUUUGGGACCAGCUCCACCAGGUAUUCUACACCACCCAGAUUACUCAUUCACCACGCAUGGUACACCUGGCAUCUACGAACGCCCUGAUUACCGUCCUGGUUUCCGCUCUCCGAACGCUUUCUUGAGCGCUGCGAACUUCGAAUACAAUACCCUUCAAACGCCUUUCGUCGAGUCCAGCGAUGAUAUGAACACAGAUCCAUCGCUUAAGCGCAAAUUUGGCAUCGGAAACAUCCUCAACGAGGGUGAUCUCGAGUCUCACCACCAAAAGCGUCAGAGAUAUAUUAACCCUGACGAGGAUAGAGCAACUUAUGCUCCUAAUCCAUUCAACACUUUCACCACACAUGGCGAUGUCACCUUUACGGAGGCAUCUGCACCUCAUCUUGUUGCCCCUGUCACAGACCCACAGCUCUUAGACAGCAAUGCUAACAUUGAGCCUUCAUUUACCACUGGGUUCGAUGGUACCGGCGGGUUUGUGACAUCGGGUGUCAAUCCUGAGGACCCAGGUUCCCCAAGCCGAACUGGGCCGGAUUUUUCGCAGUUCGUUGGAACGUGGCCACCACCACAAACGGCACCUAUUCGUGAUGAGACAUCCCCCUUACCUGAAGUUGAUCCGGCGGUCAAGGCAAGUGAGCUUCCACGUGUUGAGCCUUUGCUUUAG